AUGAGUGCCAUCGCCCCAAAGCACAUGAACCCCCUCCUCGCUGCGUACCUCCGCAACCUCACCACACACCCGCUCAGGACCAAGGCUAUUACUACAGCGCUCCUCCAGUUCUUCCAGGAGAUCCUCGCCUCGCACCUCUCGCGCACGCCGCCCCCGCGCGUCGCCAAGGACGCCCCCCUGCUCGCGCACGCGCUCGCGCGCGCGCAGGUCUCGGGCAAGGCGCUCAAGAUGGCCGCGUACGGCGCGGGCGUGUCCGCGCCGCUCGCGCACGCGCUCGUGAGCGCGCUCCAGCGCGCGUUCGCCGGCCGCGCGGGGGAGGGGGUCGCCGGGCGCGUCCGGAUGUUGCUCGCGAGCCAGCUCGUCGUGGCGCCGAUCCAGAUCCUCGCGUACCUCUCGUGCAUGGCGGUCAUCAACGGGGCCAAGUCCGCGAACGAGGUCUGGAAGACCGUCAAGGCCGGCUUCCUGCCGGUGAUGAGGAUCACAUGGAUGACGUCCCCGGUGUACACCGUCUUCGCGCAGCAGUUCCUGCCCGCGGAGAUGUGGGUCCCGUUCUUCAACCUCAUGCAGUUCAUCGCCGGGACGUACUUCAACACGAAGCUCAAGCAGAUGCGCCUGAAGGCCGACGCCGAGGCGAAGGCGAAGAAGGAUGCCGAGAACAAGGACUAG